AUGUCGGCUAGCCCUGAAGUCAAGCCCGACUCUCCGGCCGCGGCUCCCAGUCCCGGACGCGCCGACGACCACGCCCAGGAAGCCACCAAGGCGCCUACUCCUGACGCCGGCGACGAGGACGACGACAAGCAGGCCGCGCCAGCCGACGAAGCCAGCCCGGACGCGGGCGAUGCCCUCGACGACGACGAUGAGGAGAAAGACGGCGGAGGCUCCGACGACGAGUCGAUUCUCUCGGAAGUCGACGAGGCGCAGUUCGAAGACUUUGACCCCGAGAACGUGGAUGUCGAGGACCGUCCGCAGCUAGCGAUUGAUGAAGACAACCUGAAACUGAUUGGUCGGCAUAAGCGGAAGCGUGAUGGGGAGGGUGACGGCAGCGAGAGAUCUCGACGGAAGAGGGAAGGUCGGCGAGAGAAGAAGACUCGGCGGAUGAAGGAGCUGGAGGAGGGCAGUGAUGGCGAGGGAUCGUCUUUGAGAAGAAGAGAGCGGAAGAAGAAGGAGGUAGUGGUUGAAGAUGAGGAGCUGCUGGACCCGGCGACCCGUCGUCGACGAGCCCUUGAUCGUGCUAUGGAUGAAGCACUGAAGAAACCCACUAAGAGACGGAUGCGCAAGCAGGAUGGUAUUGAUCUGGAGCAAAUGGCCGAUGCUGAGAUCGAGGAUAUGCGCAAGCGCAUGACCCACGCUGCACAGUUGGAUGCGAUUAGCCGACGUGAAGGCAACCCUGCCAUGCACAAGCUUAAGAUGCUACCGGAGGUGGUCUCGCUUCUCAACCGGAAUCAAUACGUUAACAGUCUGGUCGACCCCGAAAUCAACUUGCUAGAGGCUGUCAAGUUCUUCCUGGAACCGCUCGAUGAUGGCUCUUUGCCCGCCUACAACAUCCAACGUGACCUGAUGAACUCGCUCGGCAAACUCCCCAUUAACAAGGAAGCCCUGAUUGCUAGUGGUAUCGGAAAAGUGAUUGUCUUCUACACCAAGAGCAAGCGCGCGGAGCCUGGUAUCAAACGUGUGGCGGAGCGUCUACUUGCGGAAUGGACUCGUCCUAUUCUCCAGCGCAGUGACGACUACUCCAAGCGAGUAUAUCAAGAAGCUGCCUUCGACCCCAGGUAUGUCUACUGUCCGCGACUACGGAGACGGCCACGGAUACUGACUUGCAAUCCCAGAAAACUCACCUCUCGUGCCCCUUCGGCACAAGCCACUGCUGCGGAAGCCCGAGCUCGCGAGCUGCUGCCUCCUCGACUGGCCAACCGCGCCCGUGCCGACAUCACACAUACCAGUUACACCGUGGUUCCCCGUCCUACGGUGGUACAGGAGAGCAAAUUCGCUCGUCCUCUGGGAGCCAGCGGAGAGGACCGAUUCCGAAAGAUGCGGGCGCGCCAGAUUGCAGCAUCGAAGGGAUCGGGAUCGCGGCGAUGA